UGACCUUUUUGUAACCUAAUUUUCUGAUUUUCUCCAUGGCUUCGUCAAACACUUCCUGGUCGUUGCUGCCUUUUGACUUGGUAGAAAACAUACUUUACAGACUCCCAGUGGCAUCUUUGGUACGAUUCAAGUCCACAUGCAAACAAUGGUGUGCUCUUUUAAUCGACAAGAGAUUCAUCUACAAACACUUGGAUCUCUCUCGGGAAGGAUUCAUCCGAGUCCAAGAUCAUAAGUCGUUUCAAGUCAUCAAUCUUGAGACCCUAGACCUUUCAAGCCUACAAGGUCCAGACGAUAUUGAUUUAAUGAUUCACUGCGACGGAUUAUUGCUAUGCCGAUUUGAUAACAGAGACAACAAUCUUGUAGUUUGGAUUCCGUUUCUGAGCCGAGUCAAAUGGAUCGAACUCUCGAGUUCUUACACAGGCCCGCCUGGUGGUAUCUACGGUUUUGGAUACGACAAUGUAUCGCGUGACAAUUACAAGAUAUUGAGGUUUAAAAGGGAAUUAGAAUAUGAAGUCGUUGAAAUAUAUGAGUUCAAGUCUGAACUCUGGAGACGUGUUGAUUAUUCGUGUGCAUAUUAUUGGUAUACAUGGUAUACUUGUCACGUAUCUAUGAAUGGAAACAUGUAUUGGUAUGCUGGUAGGGACAACGAUAACUCCGAAUUGAAAACUUCAUCCAAUGUUUUGAUUUCUCCAGAGAGACAUUCGCCAUUCCUAUCAGGUUUCGGAGAAGAUAGGCUUUCUUUGUUAUCUGAACAUAAAGAUGAGACGAUGAUUCAGGUGUGGGUUACAAACAAGGUGACUGAUGAGAUUGGUUCGUGGAGCAAGUAUUUGAAUGUGACUUAUGAGAUUGUUACUCGGAGCAAGUAUUUUAAUGUGUUUUCCCCAUGUCUCUCGAUAUUAUCCACUUCCAAUUUUCCAACAUACUUCAUCCACAAGACCAAUAGGAUCAUGUUAUGGUAUGAGAAAGAAGAUCACCAAGAUGAAAAUAUUUACGUCAACCUUUACGAAAUAGGUGGGGGUGAGGUCAAGAAACUAGUUGAGACAGGACGACAUAGACGUUGGGAUAUGUGUGACGUUCCCAAGCUUUGUUAUGUAUUUGUUCCAAAUCUGGUUCCGGUUCCAGAGUAAGAGGAAGAAGGUAGGUAGAAAAGAGGGUU